AUGGUUUCUAAAUUGCGUCGGCUUAUCGCCGACCAUGCAGACCUGCACAACUCCGACCUUCCACCAAAUUAUCUCUUUCCGGAAGCAGACAGCCAAACAUCAGACGACCUCAGUCAACUUACAGUCCUUCUCGCGGGUCCCCACGGCACACCGUACUCGGCCGGACUGUGGCGACUUCACCUCAAGAUCCCCGAUGAUUACCCCGCCAGCCCACCAAAGGCCGCUUUCAAGACACGCAUCUGGCACCCGAAUGUGGAGGAGUCCACUGGAGCUGUAUGCGUUGAUACGCUUAAACGGGAUUGGGAAUCGAAAUUGACGUUGAGAGAUAUCCUUGUGACCAUAUCAUGCCUUCUCAUUCAUCCAAACCCGGACUCGGCAUUAAACUCGACUGCUGGAUCAUUGCUUCAGGAUGAUUAUAACGAAUUUGCGCGUCAGGCAAAGCUCAUGACGUCGAUACACGCACUAGUACCUGGAAACAUGACACGGUCUGUUUUGGAAGCCAAGCGACGAGGUGAAGACCCUGAGAUGCUCUCCAGACUUGAGAACGAGCAGCAACAAGCGGCACACCUGGUCCAAGAAACAAAGAAAACAAAUUUAGUUAUGAAAAAAGCAGCCCCAGCAACGUCGGUGGAGACGCUCGCUCAAAACCCCGAUGACAAUAUGCUAUCUGAUAGUGAGGAUUACAUGGAUGAUUAUAAAGAGAACGACCCUUCAUUAUCCCCCGAACCCGUAACGAAUAUACCAUCCUCUCGAAGGAGCACGCAGGAAAAAAGACCGCUAUCGGUUAUUCCCACCGCACCGCUCCAGGAUGCUGACGUGGUCAUGUACGACAGUGCUUCCGAUGACGAGAAUGUAUCCGACGGCAUGACUGCAUCAGAGAGAAAUAUUGCGGCCAACACAAGCAACACAACAUCACCUUCCUCAUCUCUCCAAAAUUCCAUGUCGCCACCAGCGCGACAAGCGCCACAGAAAUCCCUUGCCUGGGAUACAUCCAACUCGAGCUCAUCAUACGCAAUCUAUGAAGACGAACAAGGCGAACCUGCAGCGAAUCUGAACCGCCGCGUCAGCUACGGUAAAGAGAACCUCGUAGAUGGCUUUUUCUCGACAAAGGGAUCAUCAUCAUCCCCAUUCACUUCUCUGCCCGCCGCAUCACUAGUCAUGAAAUCGCCUCAUCCGAAAAACCCAUUCACGAAUUCACCUCACACCCACCCUGUUGCUGCCACUGGGCCCUUUGAACCGCGAAAAGUCACGAAACCAGCUCCCGGCAGUGGUGUUCGGAGAGGUUUAGCAGCAAUGAAGGGCAAACCUAGGAUUGGACUCCGACGCUUGUGA